GCUCCUUAGCAUCUCAUCAUUCACAGCUAAGCAGAAGCUACAGGUCACUGACUUUUUAGCAGCGAACCAAAGCCUCAAGACCAAAAACCAUUCUUACAUUUACAGAACUACUGAGUUGAGGAAGCAGACGAAUGAUGAGUUCUGCUCAGAGUCACACACUGGUGUCCAAACUGGAGGCCCUGCAUUGCCACUUCACCUGGGAUCCUGACCUCAGUAAGUCCUUACUUUUUCGUUGUAGGGACAACCUGGAGGACAUUGGCACCCUGAAUGGAAACCCCUGGCUUGGUCACAUUUACAACCUGCGGGGGUUCAUUCAGUUCAAGCUGGGCUUCAAUGAAGAAGCCCAGAAGUUCUUCAACAAAGCUACUGAGUCCUUCAAUAAGAUGAGAAACGCAGAUGAGGGCCCCUGGUUAGUGGUGAACUACGGGAACCUGGCUUGGCUGCACCAUCACCUGGGAGACCAAGCAGAGAGCGAGGCUUACCUGUCUAAGGUCGACGCCCUGAUAGAAAAAUACCCAUCUCCAUCCCAGGAUGAGCUCCACCCAGAGACCUUCGCUGAGAAAGCCUAUACGCUGAUAGCAUUGAAGGGCGACAUGAAACUGGCUAUAGAUUACUUCCAGAGAGCCAUCAAGAUCCAGCCGGACAUGCUGGAGUGGAACAGCUGGCAUGUCUUAGCGUCAGUGUAUGCUUCUAAGCACAGCAGCACAGGGCUGGAAGAUGAGAUCUUUGAAAAAAUGAGAAUCGCUAAAGAACAGGAUCCAGAGAACUUGUACCUCGCUGUUCACUACCUUGAGCAACGUGCUAAGAGAGGAGAAAGAAUGGAAGAUGAAGCACGUGAAUUAGCAAGAGAGGUUUUGAGAAGUCCUGUCAGCAGCUACAGUGGUUUUAAAACAAUGCUUAGGAUUUUCAGAAAAUAUAUAUCUGUUGAUGAGUCCAUUGAUUUGGCGGAGGAGGCUCUGAAGAACCAUCCAGAUGAGCGUUAUUUGAAGAGAUGCGCUGCACUCUGCUAUCAAGGGAGUCUCAUUUUCAGUUACAGUCGCCCAAAGAAAAGCAUGCUAGACAGAGCAGUCAGUCUCCAUCAGGAGGUGACUUCUCUUUACCCUGAUUCCUCACUUUUGAGGAAAAUAGACCUUGCUAAUAUAUACGCACAGUCACAUGAUGGUCAGGCUAAAGCUGAGCAGAUAUAUCAAGAACUGCUAGAAAGUGAUCUGGAACUUGCAGAUAAACAAAUGCUGUACAACAACUAUGCAAAAUAUUUAAAUUUCCAAAAACAGGAUCGCAAAGAGUCAAUACGAUAUCACAUGAAGGCAGCAGCGAUACCGCAACAAUCCUUCUUUCGUGAGAACAGCAUCAAAGUUCUGGAAAAAGUCAGAGACAGAGGAAGGGACAGAAUGUGCAGAGAGAUAAGGGAGUUUCUGGCAAACCUGCAAGAGCCAUAGUGCUCUUAACAGCACUUGUUCUAAAUCCAGGAAAAAGUAGGCAUCGCAUUAGCAAAAUAAUGUGUACAUCCUCAUUUAUUUGUUUAGUAAAAAAAUAGAACAUAAAAAAGUUAAAAUAAAUAAAUUGAGAAGAUUUUCACUUUGACAGAACCUUAGAAGCACACACAGUACAGUUUCCCUACAUGUUUCUGAUAAACGAAAGAACUGGCAGUGGCAAACACUACUGUUAAAUAGAAAAAUAUAAUGUAGUGUUCUGUGUUGUAUAGGUUUUUGUUUAAUUAAAUGGUCUGCAAAGUAUAAAAUUCUAAUGCUUUUGCGUUUUUUUUCAAUGCAACACAACUGUAUUAAUCUAUGCUGAUGUGAUUAUAGGAAAGUAAAAGCAUACAUGAAACACCACUUUGGCCUUUAAUAAUAUUAUAUUGUAUUUGUAUAGCACACGAGGUGCUUUAGUUCAUUGGUUUCUUAGCACAUGGGGAGGCAUGGGCAUCUCCAAGAGGAAGUAGCUGGAACUUGUGUAGGACAUGUGUAUUAUCCCCCAUGACGCCAAAGGUACUGACAUGAUGCCCCUAGCAUGAGGCUAAACAUCAGAGGGGUGAUUCAGUGAACUGUGGUUUGAAAGCACUUUAUUUUAUUGAUAAUAAGUGAUAGGAAUCAGCAUUAGAGUAAGAAUACUCUCGAUAAAGAAACAGUAGAAGUUUGGUAAAAAAGUUUUGGGGACAUAGAAAGUUUUUGGGCUCUUGAAUAAGUAGACAUUUGUCAGUUUUCUGUGUUUUGGAAUGCUAACUCUUAUUUUCGUCAGCGUGGAAAAGGAACAAGAAGAGGGAAGUUCUGCCCCCUUGUGGGGAGCCUUUGCUGGUGUAUGGUGUAUCUGCUAAGACUCAUUUAUCUGUCGAACUAAAUGUACAAAAUAUUAAUUUGUUAAGUCAAAUAUGUCACCAGUUAAGUCACAAAGAAGAAGCAUGUAUGAUAGACUUGUAACUACGGAUGACAAGGACUACAAAAUAAAAGGACAGAAAGGAUCGGAUUGGCCCAGUCAGGGCUGAAUUUUAAAAUAAUGCCUUUUUAUGGGGAAUAUGAUCAUGUAUUGUUUAUUUUAUAUUCUUAUUUAAUAUAUUUAUAUUUCUUAAUGUUACGCUUGUUAUUGUGAUGUGAACUGUAAGAAAUAAUAAUCAAUAUUAUGUGUAAGUACAACACUGUCUUAUUUUGAAAACUGUUUUAUUUUGAAACAGUUUAUUGUGUAACCGGAUGUUGGUUUUAGCCUCAGAUAGCAUGUAGCUAAUAUUGUAUUGUAUAUAUGAGUAGAGGGAGAAGGACGUGUGGAGUUACAUACUAAACACACUGCCUCUACCGCUCACUCAUUGAUGCUGCAAUAAUACUAUUGCGUGUUUUGUUUUUUUUGUCAAUGUAUUUUGAUUGAGGUUUUAAACAUAUACAUAAACAAGCCCUUGAGAGAACACAUAACAAAUUGAGACAAAAAUAACAGCAAAUUAUCAAAUAUAGAUACACACAAUCACACAACAGUACAAACACAAAAAAAUAUAUAUAUAUAUAAAAAUAUAUUUUUUUAAAAACCACAAAAAACAUCCACAGUGAUUACCCAAUUACUUCACAUCUCAGUCAGAGCCAAGUGGCACCGUCAGCUGUUCUACAUAAGAAAUAAAUGGACGCCAUGCUACAUCAAAUUUCGCCAUUGAUCCAUUCAGUGUGUAUCUCAGUUUUUCAAUCUUAAGGAAAAACAGAACAUCACAGAUCCAUCUACCAAACGAAGGCGGGCGGUCACUUUUCCAGUGUAAAAGAAUGAGCCGCCUCGCUAGGAGGGAGGAGUAGGCCAUACCAUUUAAUUGUGAACUUUGAACUGCUAGAAAGUGAUCUGGAACUUGCAGAUAAACAAAUGCUUUAUAACAACUAUGCAAAAUAUUUAUAUUUCCAAAAACAGGAUCGCAAAGAGUCAAUACAAUAUCACAUGAAGGCAGCAGCGACACCGCAACAAUCCUUCUUUCGUGAGAACAGCAUCAAAACUCUGCAGAAGAUCAGAGACAGAGGCGAGGACCCAAUGUGCAGAGAGAUAAAGGAGUUUCUGGCAAAUCUGCAAGAGCCAUAAGGUCUUUAAAAGAACAGGGUAAACAAUCAGAAAAAAACAUGCACUAUUUAAAAUGAUCUAUACAUAUUAAUUGAUUGAAAAUAUAUAUCUAGGAGCAGUAGUACACUCGAUUUUAUGAAAAAUGCUUUAAUAACAUAACAAAAUAUCUUCUGUUUCCAUUUUCAAUGUAUUUUUUGUUACAAAACACUACAUAACCUAUAAUUUGUGCUUUGCUGUUAGGUUUUAUUAGUGUCAUAUAAAAAUGUGAUUGGUAUUGCAAUAUAUAAUGGAUGAAUAUUAAUUCCAGAUGAAACUGAUUGUAUGAUUUUAUGCCAACAGUGCCUCUAUAUUGUAAAGAACAAUAAACAUGCAUUAUGUAAACCAAGAAA